AUGAUUGAUAAGUUUAAGGCCCUGAAAGACGUUCAACGUAUAAUACACCAAAAUGUGGAGUUUUCCAAAGCAUUUUUCGAAUCAGGAAAUGAUAUUAUAGGUGAAAUUCAAAAAAUUAAUGAAAAUAUCACAAAUACAUACGAAAAAUACUUUUGUCGCUUGAAUAAGAUAAUACAUCAACUUAGUGAAACAGGUAUUGCUUUCCAAUUAGUUAAUGAACCAGAAAUUAUUUUGAAUUUCUUGUUAUCGAAGAAAAUUAUCACCCAAGAAAAUCUUAAUGACAUUAUAAAUUCACACAAUCUAAUUGAUUUAUAUAUCACUUACUUUCCUUCUUUUUUCAACUAUUUUCUUAUUCAAACAAAUUUAGACGAAGAAUCUUCAAAACAAUCUCAUUAUUCAUUCAUGAAGGAAAUUUAUGAUAAAGCCAGUAAAGAACCUGCAUUUAAAGCACUUUUCUUCAACUUUGCUAUUGUUGAGUUUUUAACACCUCAAUUCAUUUAUUUUUUAAACAAAAUCAUUGACAUAUCUUAUGCUUACUUUGAUUCAACUGAUAAUUAUGUUUUGGAGCCAGAUGAAAAUGAAUUCAUUAACAAAUUUAACAAAAAUAUUCAUAAAUGUCCAGAUUACAUUCUUGAUCUAAUAAAAAUCACACCAGAAGUCAUUACAAAUUCUCUUCAACUUUUAAUCAAUAAACAUCCAAUAUUAUUAGAUCUUGUUCCUUAUUACAUUGAUGCGAAAGAUAAUUUCGUCAAAUUACAAGCUCCUAUUGAUAUAAAUAAUACAAUUAAGAAUUCUACAAAGAGUCAAAAAACAGGAUACAUUGACGUAAUAUUACCAAGAAAUUCUCUUGAAACAGAACAAAGAAUUAAACAUGAAGGACUUAGAAAUCUUUUAAAGGAACUUCCUCCUCUUCCUAUCAUUUCAAAUCCAAACAAUGAAAUGACAAUUGAGGGAUAUUUGAGAUACAGUAUUAGUUUAAUCCAUUCUAAUAAGCGAGCUUAUUUUGAAAAGAAACUUAAUGAAUUCCUCAAAUACAGUGAAAAAGGAAGAAUGCAAAGUUUAUUCAGUAGCAAUGAUCCAAGAAUGAUUCAAAUUGCAAAUAAUGUGAUUUUGGAAAUAAAUCCACAAGAAAAGAGUUAUGGUGCUACUCUAUCAUGCCAAUACGCAACUACAAAGGGAAAACUAUUAAAAUUUGAACAAAAAUACAAAGAAAUACACGAAAACUUAAUUGGAUAUUAUAUCCAUUUAUAUGAAGAGGGAGGUAAAACUAAAUAUAUUCUCAAGAAAGAUGUUGAAAAUCUCAAAAAGGAAUUCCCAGAUGUAUACUUUAUUUAUCAAAAACACAUGAAAUUUAUCAAAUAUAACUACAAGAAAACCUACAAAGAGUUUGUUUCCAAACAUGAUAUAGAUAUCUAUUUUCAAAUGCGUGCAAAUAUUUUUGAAAGAUAUGAAAGAUUUUAUGAUUUCCAAUAUGAUCCAGAUGUUCCAUGUUUUGAUUAUCAGAAAGCUAUGUUCAUGAAUAGUGAAAAAUGGCUACAAAAGAAAAUUAAUUUUUGCAAAGCUUUUUCAUAUAACAAAGACCCAAUUGAACUAUAUAAAAUCUUUACUACAUUCGAUACAAGAAUGUUCAAAAUAUUCAAUGGAGAUGAUGGACCAUUUGAUAAAGAUCAUGAAUUUCCUUUCUAUUUAGUUCUUAUAUCCUUCCAUACACCUCCAAAUUUCUUUGUAAUCCUCAACUAUAUCAAAGAAAGUCUUACUCUAAUAGAUAAAAAUGAUUCUCAAAAAGAACUUGUUUUUAAAGAGGAAAUCAAAUCGAAAAUCAGUAUAUAUUUGCUGAUGGAAAACUUUGAUCUUAUUGAAGAAAAAAAGAAAGCAGAGAUUGAGAAAAGAGAAAGAGCAAAAAGGAAAGCAAUCGACAAUCUUAAAUAA